GAUUCGCAUUAGUUAAACAGUGGUGUACGUGACCUGUCAUGCUUUAAAUGAUCUUGCAUGGUUUACAUUCUAUUGUGUGCUCGCCAAUUUGGAGAAACGUAACGAGAAAAACGCGAGCGACAGUUGUUUCUAUUUGUGAAAGUUUGCUAGAAAAAAUUGAUGAAAAUCAAUCGAAUUGUUUUUUAUAUGAAAUUGUAACAGACAAGUGAAUUGUAAAACGGUUGAGCUAUGGAUGAGAAUGUGAAUUCCACUGAAAAAACGGACGUUGUUAUAGUGAAAGCAAAACCAGUACGUCGUGUGUACAAAGGCACGGGAAGGUCUCGAACGAUAAACAAAAUUCCACAAUCGAUUUUAGAGGAUCCACAGAUUAACGAAGCGAUUGAAGCGCUGCCAAAGAAUUACAACUUUGAAAUUCACAAAACGAUAUGGAGAGUGAGAGAGCUAAAGGCGAAACGAGUGGCAUUGCAAUUGCCAGAAGGUUUGUUGCUGUUUUCGAUGGUCAUCAGUGACAUUAUAGAACGAUUUACCGAAGCAGAUACAGUUAUUAUGGGUGACGUGACAUACGGUGCUUGUUGUAUUGACGAUUUUACAGCAAAGGCUUUGGGUGCUGAUUUGCUCGUACACUACGGUCACAGUUGCCUGAUUCCAAUUGACCAAACGACCGAGAUGAAAGUGUUGUACGUUUUCGUUGACAUCAAAAUUGACACGAUGCACUUUAUCGAAAGUGUCAAAUUGAACUUUCCAUCGUCGAAACGCCUCGCAUUCGUCAGUACAAUUCAAUUCGUAGCCACAAUGCACGCUGCAGCUAAAGAGCUUCGUGAAGCUGGUUACGAUGUUCAAGUGCCACAGUCAAAACCACUAAGCCCUGGAGAAAUUUUGGGUUGCACAUCGCCUCGAUUGCCAAAAGACAUAACGCUUAUCUACUUGGGCGACGGUCGAUUCCAUUUAGAAUCAGCGAUGAUUGCCAAUCCAACAUUAGAAGCAUACAAAUAUGACCCUUAUGAGAAAAAAUUCACAGAAGAACACUAUGACCACCUGGAAAUGCGAAAGAACCGAAAACAAGCCAUCGAUCGGGCUACACACGCAAAGAAAUUCGGGCUGAUACUAGGCACACUCGGUCGACAGGGAUCGACAAAGGUCAUGAAAUACAUCGAGGAACGAAUAGCCCAUCACAAUAAAAAAUCAUCAUUGAUUUUGCUCUCUGAAAUAUUCCCGGCCAAAUUGGAACUAUUCAAAGAUAUCGAUGCAUUCGUUCAGGUCGCUUGUCCACGUCUCUCAAUUGACUGGGGCACCGCUUUUUCCAAACCAGUGCUGACACCAUACGAAUUAUCUGUGGCGUUGGGUGACGCCAAAUGGCAAAUCACAUCGGAGACUAAAGUCACCGAAAACGAAGCAUAUCCAAUGGACUUUUACGCAUCAAAGAGCUUGGGCUAUUGGACACCAAACCACAAGCCCGAAGAAGGAUGCGACGGCCAAAACUUUGGCAAAAAUUGCUGUGGCAGGUGUAAAGACAAUACAGACCAAGUUAACAACAUCAAACCCGUAGUAAUCGAACUCGUUUCUUAGGAAUACUUUUUCUAUUUUGCUGAAAUACCAGUUUUCAUGCAUUUUUAGCUCUAUCAAAAAGAAUAUUUAUGUUUAUAACGUUAGGGCAUUUUGUUUGUAAUUUGGAAUAAAAAGUGAAACACGCAUAACAUAAGAACAAAA